UAUGGUGGACGAAAGCGAACGACGACCAAGUGAGGCGGAGAAACAAUCUUUUCCUGCAAGGGUAAACCAGCCAUUGGAAUCAAACCCAAAAAAACAUAAGAAGUGCUUGGAAUGGGCUGAAAACGCGUGCAAAAAAGCUCCUUAUGUGAAGUUUUUAUUGGAUGCUAUGAAGAAACUUGGAUGCAAUGUUGACUUUGGUAAACAUAUGGUUUGUGAACCAUGUGGCACAAAUGUUUUAGGAGGAUUUGACUUCAAAAGGAAGCAGGUUGUGCUAUGCGAAAAUGGUAUAUAUUCUCAAUCUUGCAUGAACAAUGUUCUUACUCAUGAAUUGAUUCAUGCAUAUGAUUUUGCUCGAGUGAAAUUUGAUGUGAAUAACUUGAAACACUUGGCUUGCACUGAAGUACGAGCAGCUAACCUUAGUGGCGACUGUUUUUUUUGGAAAGAGUUUUUUACUAGGUUUAAUUUUGGUUGGAAAAGUCAUCAAAAGAAAUGUGUCAGAUAUCGAGCAGUUAAAUCAAUACUUUGCGUAAGUGACAUCAGUAAAGAAGAAGCAGAGAACAUUGUGUCAAGUGUAUUUGAAGAUUGUUAUAAAGAUACUGAUCCAUUUGAGCGAAUUCCACCAUGACUGAUUUCUUGCGUCCGUCCGAGUGCAAACAAACUUACUGGGUAACGAAGUCGAUAAGUUUAACUUUACGUUUUUCAACAUUGAAAGGGAGAUAAUGAAACAUUCAAUAUGUAUGCUGCUUUUUCCUUAUCUUUAUUUAGGCAUGUUUUCACAAUAAAGCACUUGAUUGUUUCCACAGGAAGUCAAUUAAUUACAACCUAAA